AGCCAGACGGGCCUGUUGGCAGACUUAGCACAGAAGUAUCAAUGAAAUGUGAAUGUGAAUUUAAAUAAGGAAUUUCAGCCGAAGGACAACAAAUGCCCCAGGUGACUGUGAUGCGUGGGAAAGUUUGAGAUCCGCUGUUCUGAGACCAGAUCUGCAAUUUCUCCAUCCCCUGCUGCCCCGACCCCCUCUCCCAGGACAGAGGCCCAGGACGCAGGCUCCUAGAGGCAGCAUGUCAGGGGGGGCCGGCACCUUCCGAGAGGUCCCCGAAGAGGAACAGCAGCUGCGUGCCCAGCUGGAGCGGCUCACGCCCAAGGACCACGGGCCUGUCUUUGGCCAGUGCAGCGAGCUGCCCCCACACACCUUGCAGAAGGUGAGGUCUGCGGUGGCCGAGAAGGUGCGGGGCAGGGACCGCGCUUUCUUCCUGCGCUUCAUCCGAGCCCGCAAGUUCCACGUGGGGCGCGCCUACCAGCUGCUCAGAGGCUACGUGCACUUCCGGCUGCAGUACCCCGAGCUCUUUGACAGCCUGUCCCUGGAGGCCGUCCGCUGCACCGUCGAGGCCGGCUACCCCGGCGUCCUCUCCAGUCGGGACAAGUACGGCCGAGUGGUCAUGCUCUUCAACAUCGAGCACUGGGACUGCGAAGAAAUCACCUUCGACGAGAUCUUGCAGGCCUAUUGCUUCAUCCUGGAGAAGCUGCUGGAGAACGAGGAGACGCAGAUCAAUGGCUUCUGCAUCGUGGAGAACUUCCGGGGCUUUACGCUGCAGCAGGCUGCGGGGCUGCGGGCCGCCGACCUCAGGAAGAUGGUGGACAUGCUCCAGGACUCCUUCCCAGCACGGUUCAAGGGGAGGGAGAGAGAGAAACAUCAUGAGCCACACCGGCCAUGGCUGUUCGGUGACUUUUGAUGAGGGCAUCCUAGGGCCCCCCAGAUCAGUUCUAUCUCUGCUUUCCUGCAGGUCUUUGUCCACGGAGAUGACCUCUCCGGCUUCUUCCAGGAGGUCGACAAGGACAUCCUGCCCACCGACUUUGGGGGCUCCCUGCCCAAGUACGACGGCAAGGUGGUGGCUGAGCAGCUCUUCGGCCCGCGGGCCCACGCGGAGAACACGGCCUUCUGAGGACACUCCUGCCUCCGACCCGUAGUUAGCAUCCCUGAGCCUCUCCCCAGUGCCCCGGACCCAGAGGCUGG